AUGAAUGCUGCUGCUGGCUUGAAGACAGCGCUGCUGUGUUGUGGAAUUUUUUUCAUCACCUCCAACAUACGGAAUGUGUCUGCAGAUUCCUAUAGUGACUACUUCUCUGAUUACGAUUGUAAUCAGCCCCUUAUGGAACAUGCCGUACUUACAGCCACUUCAUCUUUAAACGAUCGUGGACCAGAGAAAGCGCGACUUAAUGCCGGCACUUCGUGGUCUGCUAAGAAUUCCGAUUUCGAUCAACGUCUUAUCAUUGACUUGGGCUAUGUGAGAAAUGUCACGCACAUCGCCCUACAAGGACGACCGCACAGCGAUGAGUUUGUCACUGAGUAUUCCAUAAGUUAUGGCAUUUCUGAUUUGGAGUUUGCCGAUUAUAAAGAACCCGGCGGCAAUGUUAAGAUGUUCAAAGGCAACUCUGACGGCAAUUCCAUACACUACAAUGUCUUCGAGGUGCCCAUAAUUGCUCAAUGGGUGCGCAUAAAUCCAACACGUUGGCACGAUCGUAUAUCGAUGCGUGUGGAACUCUACGGCUGCGACUACGUUGCCGAGAAUUUGUACUUCAACGGCACCGGCCUAGUUAGCUACGAUCUGCAGUACGAACCAGUUGCCUCCACACGUGAAUCAAUACGUUUCCGUUUCAAAACCGCUUUCGCCAACGGUCUGCUGAUGUAUUCCCGCGGCACACAGGGCGAUUAUUUCGCUUUACAGUUGAAGGAUAAUAAAAUGAUAUUGAAUUUGGAUUUGGGCAGUAGCUUAAUGACAUCACUGUCUGUGGGCAGUUUAUUGGACGAUAACGUGUGGCAUGAUGUGGUGAUAUCUCGCAAUCGACGUGACAUUAUAUUCUCAGUGGAUCGUGUUAUAGUGCGCGGACGCAUUAAGGGCGAAUUUACGCGGCUGAAUUUAAACAGAGCGCUCUACUUGGGUGCCGUACCGAACAUACAAGAGGGUAUUAUAGUGACACAGAAUUUCACCGGCUGCAUGGAGAAUUUAUUUAUCAAUUCUACAAAUUUCGUGCGUGCUAUGAAGGAUAGCUUUGAGUAUGGCGACGCAUACCGUUAUACCAAAUAUCAAACCGUUUAUGCAUGCCCAUCGCCACCCAUUUAUCCAGUGACAUUCACCACACGUGGCUCAUAUGUGAAAAUCAAAGGCUAUGAAGCACAAAACACCAUGAACGUUUCAUUCUAUUUUCGUACCUACGAGGAUAGAGGCGUAAUGCUGCAUCACGAUUUCGCUUCAGGCGGUUAUGUGCGUGUAUUCUUGGAAUAUGGCAAGGUGAAAAUCGACAUGAAAAUUGGCGAUAAACCACGCAUUAUACUAGAUAACUACGAUGAGCAGUUUAACGAUGGUAAAUGGCAUUCGUUUGUGCUGGCUAUUGCGCGCAAUCGCUUAGUGCUCGACAUCGAUCAACGUCCCAUGACCACAACGAAAAAUAUACAAAUCUCAACGGGUAAAGUUUACUACAUUGCUGGCGGUGUGGAUAAGAACGGUUUUGUGGGUUGUAUGCGUUUGAUUUUGGUUGAUGGCAAUUAUAAAUUACCAAAAGAUUGGGUGCCAGGUGAGGAGGUGUGCUGUGGCGAUGAGGUGGUUGUGGAUGCCUGCCAGAUGAUUGAUCGCUGUAAUCCAAAUCCAUGCCAGCAUAGCGGCAUGUGCCAUCAAAAUUCAAUGGAAUUCUUCUGUGAUUGUGCCAAUACGGGUUAUGCAGGCGCUGUGUGCCACACAUCUAACAACCCACUAUCCUGCCAAGCUUACAAGAAUGUUGGCCACGUGAACCAGCGCGUGAAUUUGAAAAUUGAUGUUGAUGGCAGUGGGCCAUUGGAACCGUUCCCAGUUACAUGCGAGUUUUAUUCUGAUGGUCGCGUUAUUACAACACUCAGUCACAGCCAAGAGCACACCACAACUGUGGAUGGUUUCCAGGAACCCGGCUCUUUCGAACAGAAUAUCAUGUAUGAUGCCAAUAUGUUACAAAUUGAGGCGCUACUGAAUCGUUCACACACCUGUUGGCAGCGUUUGAGUUAUUCCUGUCGCUCAUCGCGUCUAUUCAAUUCACCUUCUGAAGCGGGUAAUUUCCGUCCGUUCUCUUGGUGGGUGUCACGCCAUAACCAACCCAUGGACUAUUGGGCUGGCGCACUACCCGGCUCACGCAAAUGCGAAUGCGGCAUUUUGGGCAAAUGUCAUGAUCCAACUAAAUGGUGUAAUUGUGAUUCGAAUAAUCUUGAAUGGACUGAAGAUGGUGGUGAUAUACGCGAGAAAGAACAUUUACCUGUGCGUGCUGUAAAAUUUGGCGAUACUGGCACGCCACUCGAUGAGAAGCAGGGCCGUUACACAUUGGGGCCGUUGCGUUGUGAGGGCGAUGAUUUGUUUACCAAUGUUGUAACAUUCCGCAUAGCGGAUGCCACAAUUAAUUUACCACCAUUCGAUAUGGGUCAUUCUGGCGAUAUUUAUUUGGAAUUUAAAACAACACAAGAAAAUGCUGUGCUUUUCCAUGCCACCGGUCCAACUGAUUACAUUAAGCUUAGCAUAAAUGGCGGUAAUAAGCUGCAAUUUCAAUAUCAAGCAGGUAGUGGACCGCUUGGCGUGAAUGUGGGCACUAGUUAUCACUUGAAUGAUAAUAAGUGGCAUACAGUGAGUGUGGAACGCAAUCGCAAAGAAGCGCGUCUCGUGGUUGAUGGUUCAAUCAAGGCGGAGGUCCGUGAGCCGCCAGGUCCUGUGCGCGCGCUGCAUCUUACCUCAGAUCUAGUAAUUGGUGCUACCACAGAAUAUCGCGAUGGUUAUGUUGGUUGCAUACGUGCUUUGCUGCUCAACGGCAAAAUGGUCGAUCUUAAACAAUAUGCUAUGCGUGGUCUAUAUGGCGUCAGUGCUGAUUGUGUUGGUCGCUGCGAGUCCAACCCAUGUCUGAAUAACGGCACAUGUAUAGAACGUUAUGAUGGCUACUCGUGCGACUGCCGUUGGAGCGCAUUCAAAGGACCCAUCUGUGCUGAUGAAAUUGGCGUCAACUUGCGCACCAGCUCUAUUAUCCGAUAUGAAUUUGAGGGCUCUUUCCGUUCAACAAUUGCUGAAAAUAUACGCGUUGGUUUCACCACAACAAUACCAAAAGGUUUUCUACUUGGAUUCUCUUCAAAUUUGACCGGGGAAUAUUUGACGAUACAAAUAUCGAACUCAGGUUUUUUGCGUUGUGUCUUUGAUUUUGGUUUUGAACGUCAGGAAAUUAUAUUCCCCAAGAAACAUUUUGGACUUGGUCAAUAUCAUGAUGUGCGGUUUUCACGUAAAAAUGGUGGCUCAACGGUUGUGCUGACAGUGGACAAUUAUGAGCCAGUCGAGUAUAAUUUCGAUAUCAAGGCUAGUGCGGAUGCGCAAUUCAACAAUAUACAAUAUAUGUAUAUAGGUAAAAAUGAAUCGAUGACCGACGGUUUUGUAGGUUGUGUGUCACGUGUGCAAUUCGAUGAUAUUUAUCCGCUCAAAUUGAUGUUCCAACAGAAUCCACCGGCUAAUGUGAAAUCUCUAGGCACACUAUUGACGGAAGACUUCUGCGGUGUGGAACCGGUUACUCAUCCACCCAUCGAGAUUGAAACGCGUCCACCGCCACUCGUUGACGAAGAUAAACUGCGCAAGGCAUAUGGCGGCUUUUCUGUUGUGCUUGGCAUUAUUUUAGUUCUACUAGUGCUGCUACUACUGCUCAUGUUCUUCUUAAUUGGUCGCUAUGUACACCGACACAAAGGCGAUUAUCUAACGCAUGAAGAUGAAGGUGCCGCAAAUGCUGAUGACCCUGACGAAGCCGUUUUACACUCGAGGACAGGUCAUCAAGUGACGAAACGGAAAGAAUGGUUCAUAUAGUUUGGUAUGCAGCAUAUAGGCAAUUGGACCACGUAGUCGUCAACGGGAGCUACGGCUCUUAACAGCCUGCUGCAACCAUAACAACAGCAAUACAAAAUAACGCACCUAUGCGUAUGCACCCACACACACACACACACACACGUAUGUAGAUGAAUAAGAAGGAAUCGUUCAAAACCGAGCAGCGUACAUAUACUGUUUUACACAUAAUAAUUAAGUAAUUAUAUUAAGCAUGACAUGACAAGCGGCGACGCAGAGAAAGACGUUAAGCCAUAGAUAAGUAAAUGAAAUAAAUUGAAAUGAAACUAAGAAGAAGCAUUAAGUUAAAAGGGUUAAAAAGCAAAUUAGAAACGAAACGAAUAUUAAAAUAUGAAUACUACGGAACUUUGAAAUGUUUACAAAAUUAAAAGCAACAACAAAUCAACUGAAGGUGAUGAAAAGAAAAUCAUUGCAUAACUAAUUUAAGGCGAACAAGAAUUUGUAGAAUUUUCACAUUGCGCAUUGGUGUGACAACACUGCCAAUUUCGAAAUCGAAGCAAAGACCGGUUGGAAGCGAAAAACCCCUCAACAGGAAAUGGUCUUAGGCGAAAAACUGGCGGUGUUCCUAAAGAGUCAAGUGUUCUUAUCUACACAAACGAAAUAAAUGAAAAACAAAAACCGAAUGUAAGAAUGUAAAUUGUCAGUAAAAUAGAGAUCCAUUUUCUUUUUUGCCAACUGGUUAUUUACAAUCUAAUUCUUUUUUUUUUUUUGCAACAAUCUCUGUGCUAAUUUUAUGUGUAUUUGUAUUCGCUUGCUUGGUUAAAGUUUGUCAUUUAAUAGUUUCUUUCUGCAUUUUUUUGAUUUUAUGUUCUACAAACUCGUAAAUAUUAGUAUUUGGAAAAAGUUUGAAAGGGGGAAAAUAAGCAUCUCACGAAAGCAAAUUUAUACCGUCCAUUUUUUCUUUAAUUUAAGUUUUUAUAAUAUGUAUUUUAAUUUAAGUUGCAUCGCUAAAACUUAUCUCUAGGCAAUAAACAAAAAAGUAAAAUUUUAUUUUUUUAUAUUUUCUUCAGCUAUUUUAUAUUAUUUUAGUGCGCGUCUUUUUGUAUAUAUAUAUAUAAAUAUGUAUAUUUAUAUAUAUGUAUAUUUAUAUAUAUAUAUAUGCUUUUGUGCUUUAAGUAAGAAAUAUAAUUUCACAAAUGUCUUCUAUAAGUAAAAAAAAAAUAAAAUAUAUUCGAAAAUUUGUGCUUCAGCCACAUUUUACACGCAUUCGCAGUGUGUUUAGGAAAAUUCGGCAAAUACACCGUCAUUUACAACGGCAAUCAAUUCAAAAACCAAAUAACCCUUCACUGUGCAUUUGAGUUGCUUUGUUGUAGUACCAGUACAUUCCAUUAAAACAUAUAUUUCACAUCGACGAUAGUUAUAAGUAUGUAUGCAUACUUAAAAAAAAAAAAAAUAAAUAAAUAAAAACAAAAAAAAAAAUAAAAAUCAAAUAAUUAUUGUAAUAAAACAAAAAACAAAAGAAACGUAAAUUUAAUAUUAUAUAUUAUAUUUAUUUCCAGCUGUUAUGUAAAAGCGUUUAUAAA